AUGGUCGUAGCAUCUCUGAUCUUGGUGGAUUUGUUGCUGAAUUUCUUUGGGUGGAAGCCGCAAAAGCCUGACGCAAACAGAGACGUACUCUUCUUGGACAUAGAUAACACGCUCUAUCAUAGAUCGUCUGGUAUUGGAUUCCUCAUGGGUGAAAAUAUUGAUAAAUACUUCAAACGCCACUUGACCCAUCUGACUGAUGAGGAACGACAAGAAAUACACUCCAGAUAUUAUCUUGAAUACGGACUUGCUGUGCGAGGCCUCAUACUCCAUCAUGAAGUGGAUCCUGCUGAUUUCGAUCGGGAAGUUGAUUGCGCUAUACCGCUAGAACAUCUGAUUUCAUACGAUGAAGAGCUUCGAAAAAUGCUAUUGCGAGUCAAAGGACCCCGGAUAUGGGCCUUCACCAAUGCAGGAUUAUAUCAUGGCUCCAGAGUCCUCAAAAUACUCGGAGUGGACGAUCUAAUAGAGGGUAUAACGUGGUGUGAUUACACUGCACCAGAUGGUGAAUGGACUUGCAAGCCCGAUGUUCGAUCUUUCUACAAAGCUAUGAAGGAAGCGGGCGUAAAGGAUCACCAGAAAUGUUAUCUGGUCGAUGAUUCGAAGAGUAAUUGCAAGACUGCUGUGGAGUUGGGUUGGAAAUGUGUGUACGUGAUGGACGAUGAAGAUCGUGAUGAGGAUGCUAUAUCCUGUGGAAGAUACUUGCAUCAUGUAGUUGAAGCUUCCAAGCUACCCUUCUUUGAACUCUACCCUUUCGUGUAUUCUUCACCUUUAUCACGAGCACUUGAAACUGGAUACGAAACUCUCAAAUUGGCUUCCAAAGAAAAGGUCCAUAUUGAACAUGACGCUGAUAUACAAGAAUGGGAUUAUGGCGACUACGAUGGAAUGACUUGGGGUGAGAUUCAUCAAGCAAAUCCUGGUUGGAACAUGUGGCGAGAUGGGUGUCCUGGUGGUGAAAAUUCAGAAGCAGUCGGAGCUAGAGCAGAUCGAUUCAUUGAACGAAUCAAAAGUGUCUUGGAGUUGGGAAAUGUCUUGAUCUUCACUCAUGGUCACUUCGCAAGGACUCUGGCUGCCAGGUGGAUUGGCGAAACUCCAGAUAAGGGCUCUGUCUUGGGUCUCUCAGUCGCAAGCAUCUCUGUAUUGGGAUUUGAACAUUCUCGGGACAGCCAAGUCAUCUUGCAAUGGAAUGAAACUCAGCAUCUCGAACCCUUUGUCCGAUACAAGGAAGAAGUGCCAGAAGCAGUUGUAGUAGAAGAGCCUUGA